UGCAAGUUGAAACCUCUGCAGCUUAUUUCGAAAUCGCUUUGCUCUUUUCUUUUUGUGCGAGAAGACGGCAAGUUAGUCCAACCAACUCUAAUCGAUGGUCUCACCAAUCUUAGGAAGGAUGAAUUUUUGCUAUAUUUCGGUGCUUGUCUUGGCUAUUUCUCGCUGUUAUGGAGACGUCUACUUGCACAAUCCCCGUGGAAGCAAUAAUCGGUUGAACGAGAGAUCGGCUCAGAGAAGAAAUGCUAACAGACUCUUUGAUUCUCAGGUAAAGAAUAGCGUUUAAGCAAGUGGCUGUUGCCCUUGGAAAGCCACAAUAAGCGUACAUCUCAAAAGCUACUUAAUUACCGUGAUGUGCGUGGAUGAUUUUAUGUCAUGGUAUUCCAACUUGUUAAACUUGUCAGAUGGUAGAGCUAACACUCUGUGCUAAAUUGAGAGCUCAUAAGAAAACGGAAAGGUUGUUUCGGGGAAAGUGAUGAAUGAAUCUGUAACAAUAUUGCGUGACAUUGUCACGACCUCGUGGUCCGCUGACCACAUCGGUUUUCUUUUAUUAAAUAUAUAUCUUGUUGGUCCGACAUCUUGGUUUUGUGUUCUCUUCUACAUUGCCCGUUCUGGCUUGUUACAUGGUGGCAGCGGCGGGAUAGAAAAACUCGUCAGUGAUUACUGCUGUCGUCAUUUCUACUCCGGACCCGUAAACGAAGAAAAAAAAACAAAAAAAAAAACACACGGAACCGCUUAUUCUUUUAUCUCCACCAUGUAACAAGCCAGAACGGGCAAUGUAGAAGAGAACACAAAACCAAGAUGUCGGACCAACAAGAUAUAUAUUUAAUAAAAGAAAACCGAUGUGGUCAGCGGACCACGAGGUCGUGACAAUGUCACGCAAUAUUGUUACAGAAUCAAGUUAUAAUUAGGCGUUAGCCUACCAGGGACUUUGAAGGCGACAUAGGUGAGAGUCAACACUUUCGUUCUCGAAAAAACUUUGAGAUUUUUAUGGUUGGCUGGAAGUGGUAGGUUCAGCAUUGUGAUUUAGUUUUUUAGUUAAACCCUCCAGCUGUCGAUAUCUGAGAAGUAAGUCCCCUUACUAGCUCCAAUUUAUUAUCUCGUAGCUAAGUGAAGAGAAUUCGGUUUCUUAUCAACAAAAUGCCCACAUGUUGACAAGGCUGUCAUCUCUUUUCCACAAAUUAUUUGCUACAGGAUAUUGUUUUGAUAACUAUUAUCAGGGUCACUUGCUAACUGCUUUCAUGAGGAAGUUGAACAAGAGCCUAUUAUUGGAAGAAGCUCUUGUUUUUAAGAAGCAUUUGCAUUGUUCAAUUUAUUUUUGGCUGGUCACCACAAACACUCGACCAAGCACAAGCAUCCUAAAAAAGACAAUUAUUUAAAACUACUCUAUGAUUAAAGGGAAAUUCUUGAAAUAACCUCUCUUUCUAACACUUAACAGAAUUUGAAGUGGUGCCAAAAAAAAUGUGCCAUAUAGUACUCUGAACUGAAAGGUCUGAGUCAUGUUAACUUUACAAGUCUGGAGCUGUAGCUUGAAUUCUAAGUCUAAGGAGUAGUACUGCCUGCAUCAGUCCAAACACUAGUCUAUUCUUCUUAAUUUCCCAAUAUUUUUAUUCCUUUGAAAUUGGAAGCUGUUGACCUCUUGUUAUUGGGCAAAAAAUGGCAAAGAGAAGAUUGGUUUUUGGGAUCAGUAACCAUCAGGAUUCUGAGAAAAGGGCCACAGGACCUAGUCAGAACAUUGGGUUUUUAGGAAGGACUCACACAAUAAUUCUCUUCACCCAGGUGUAUCAAAAGGUUCCAAGAAAUUGCUAGGGAAUGCUAGGGGCAGCCUUAUGAUGGACUGGCAUCAUGUCCAGGUAGAAUUACUGUUACUGGCGGUUUACAUCCAAUACUUUUUUUUCACAGAAUAAUAAUCGAGGUGGAUAUAAUGUUGGAGACAAGACAGAUAAAGCUGCGACAAAUGCUAAAGACCAAUAUAAUAUGGUAACCUCUAUUUUGAUUCUAAAGUAGAGCAUUGUCAGAGUUGAUCAUAUGUACAAGGAAAAUGUGAAGAUUUUUGAACCCCUGUCAGGAUUUCAGGAUCUCAUUUUCAUUUUUAUUAUGAGUUGUUUUGAAGAUAAAGGGAAAAGUAUUUCUAUUACACAAUAAUUCUUCAUAUUAAGUAAUGUUCCUACAUGUAAACUGUUUUUCUCUCUCCAGAAAUUUUUCCAAAGUGGACCCAAGAGUGGACCCAAAAGUGGAGGGAAAUCAUUUCUCACAUUUGAGUGGACCAAUCAACAUGGCUCUGGGGGAAAUGACAUAAACCCUCACAAGAUGAACAGUAAUGUUGUUUUGCAAUACAUGUGUCAGCCAUUAGCAGACAAACCUGAUGAUAAGACUAAACGCAAUGGUAUAAAUACAAACACACCGAAGUUCACUGCUACAAAAAAGAAAGAUGCAGAGAAGCGUAAUGAGUAUCAAUCAAGGAAAGAUGGAGAUAAUGAUAAUAACAGAGGACUACAUGAGUCAUGGAAGUGGUAUGAUAAAUGCAGAAGAAGGGAACGCAAUGGAGGUGAGUUUUUUUUUUUAACUUUUUCUAGUUGACCUUAAUUUUCUGACACUGCAGAUUUACAUGUUUUAAUUUUAGUGGCAAAACCUAGAGAAUUAAUGUACAUGAAUCAAUGAUAAGUAUUCAUCUACUGGCUCUUAUUUCCUUUGCUUGUCUAUAAAUUUGUGUUUUGGAAAAUUAGCCCCUUGAAGAUUUUCUCAAAUAUAAUGAAAUGAUAUUCAUGUGAUCUCUAAUAUUCAUUUAACCUGGUGCACUGAAUUUGCUGUAGUGUAAGCUACAGCUCAAAGGUUAUGGAACCAAAAUAUGUGGGUAUAAUGGGCAUAGCACACAGGAAAGACCAUGCCACGAAUAUGUCUCCAUGUCACUGUCAUGUACAAUCCAUUUAAAGAUCAUGGUUCAAUGCUUUGUAGAUCUGAGUUGUUUAGAUCUCUGCAUUGCUGUCACAGGGUCACAGUGUCCCAAACAGGCUGAAAUCUUGUUGAAUCAUUCUCAAUUAUUUGUUCUUAUAAGAAAUUCUCACUAACUCUAUAUAUAAAUUUCUCAGGUUUGUUCACAGCUGAUCAAAAGCUAGCUGGUAAAGAGAGUAUCUACACCAGACAGAAUCCCACAGGCACACGACGAGGAUACGAGUGCCCAGAGGAGAGAGAUUAUUAUCCUUAUUGGCAUCCUACAGAAUGGAAAGACAUUGCAGUUUUAACAAGUGAUACAUCCCAGUGUGAAUAUUACAAAAAGCACAGCUUCAAUGUUGAACCCAAAGGUAAAUAUUUAUAGGCUCUAGAAUUAAAAAUUAUACAGUAACUUUUUGGAUUUUUUUUGUUGUAAUAAGUGACCAGUCGUAAGUUGCUUGCAUGGUCUGCACCUGUACUUGACCAUAUACUGUAAAUGUGCUUCUCAACCCUUUUACUUCCAGGAGUGACUGAAAGGGAAUUUCUCCUCAGUACAAUAUCCAUUCAUUUCUAAACAGAAAGGUAACAAGAAGAAACAAAAAUAUCAAAGAUGAAAAUAUCAAAUUCUCAGAACUAGAAUGAUAAAAACAACAUAUGGGAAAUUGUAUGGAGAAUUCAUGAUUAGAUCUUGGGAGUUAAAGAGUCAAAAAUGUUAUUAGCUCCUGUACCAAUGCAAAUGUUACAUUUCAAAAUUAAUGUCAGGUUGAAGUGACUUCAAACAAGUGUGAUUAAUAUGUAUUUUCCUUUUUCAGGAUAUUUUCUAUCAACCAUAGUCUCUUUAACAGAAAGAAAAAUCCAAAUCAAAGUGGUCUGAAAUCAUUUUGAACUGCAAAAUGUUCGCAAAGUAUUUUUGUCAUUAGCAUUUGAUGCAUUUUCAGUGUUCCUUUCAAUUGGUUCCCUAGCAUUAGGGGUUGAAUCCAUUGAACAUAUGAUGAACUGAUUCACUGUUUGGUUGAUUGAUUGAUUGUUAGGAGAGUGUGUUGAGUAUUAUCCAGCACCUGAUGAGAAGGAACACAAAGAAUGGUCAAAACAUAACAAUGAAAAGGACUGUACUGAGAAUGGAGGGAAAUGGAUGAUGUUUACAAACUAUCUUGAGAACAUAACUUCUGUGCAGUACAACAAUCCAGAUAAAUGUAAAAAUGCAGGACAUGUUUGGGGUAUCCCUCUUGGUUCUGAUAAGCCUCAGUGUUUAGUUAAACUUGAUGCACCUCACUGUGGUCAAGCUCCUUGGACAAGGGACAAUCAUCUUGGUAACACUCCAGAUGGGGUGACACCAAACUUUACUUGGACAAUUCCACGCUUUCCAUCUGGUUUAGCUCAAUUAUGCGUAUUUAGGAUAAGGUGAGUAACAUUAAAGAUGGGUAAACCUGUUAAUAUUCAGCAGUGUGUAAUCACCCAGUUAAUAGUAGCCCUGGAAAAGAAUGUUAUUGCUAGCAGUGACUGGCAUUUCAACAGCCUUAGUAGGAGUGAAGGCAGCUGUUACUAUUUCUCAACUACUACACAAGGGGUGUAGCCAGGAUUUUUCAAAGGGGGGUUACACGGUGUCAAAUAGAGGAUACUCACUAGAUUGUCAUGUUCCAUGCCAUGUUUAUCCUAAUGUUACAAAUAAAAAAACUUACAAAGGGAGGAUACAGGCAACCCAGGACCCCCCCAGCUAUGCCCUUGGACCAGCACCAUACAAGCCAAUUACUCAAAACAUCUACAUAACAAACAAAUGGAAUACAACAACCUAAACUUACUGACAGAUCAAAGUUGACCAAUUAGGCUACUUGAGUCAUUACAAAGCAGACCAUUCAGUUUACAUGCACUGCAGGACUUAAAUAUUGGGACAGACAAACAACUCUCCACUUGACAUGGAUGAUAGUAACCUCCACUGGGUGUGUGUGUGUAUGUGUGUCAGAGGGAGGGGUGUAAUCAAAUGUCAUUCACCACCAACUACUACUUACCAAUAUUAAUCAGAAAUGCAGGCACUUAAGCCCAUUUUAAAUCUCAAGUUUAAAGACAAUUUUUCUUUGCUACACAGGAGCUUCUGAUGUAGGAUAUGCAUUUAAGUACAAUGUUUUUUUUUUCUAGGAUAUAGAAUGUAUUUUUACUUAUUAAUAAUGAAUUUUAACUUUUAAGAUGGUUUUUAUUGUUGUAAAGCUCAUUUGAUCAAAUGCAUCAGUCAUGUUUAUCUGCACCAUAGAAAUAUACAAAUGGUAUUUUUAUUAGUGUUAUUGUAACAGUAAUUGUAAAUUAACUGUCCUUCUACAGUGUUUUUUCGUAUCUCUUUCAGAUAUAACAUAUCAACAAGUGACUAUGAUGGCUGGAACACUAAUGCUACUUACAAUAAUAAGUAAGUAUCCUUGCCACUGCAGUGAAACUAUACAAUGUGAAAACUGCAUUUUAACCUUUAAAAUCCUAAAAGUGACCAGCAUCUAAUUUCUCCUUACUGUAAUACUGUUGAAUCAUUCAUUAAGAUCAUGAGAAUAAAGGAAGUGCUUGCCGAGCUAAGAAGCUCUGAUAUUCAAAUGAAUUCUCCUUGUCAGUACUAAAAGAUAUAUAUAGAGAAUAGAAUGGAGAAUGUGGAUACUCAUCUUAGGGUGUAAUUUGGGUUAACUCCUUUGUCAUGUUGUAAAUGGAUGGUUGUACAAGAGUUGUAAUCUUGAGUUGUAAGUAGUGGGGUCUAUUCCUUGUAGGUUUGUUUUUGUUGUUGUUGUUUAUUUUCCAUUAUUAUUAUUAUUAUUACACUAUUUAACUGACUGAAAUGCCAUCUUAAGCAUACUCUUUUCUGCAAAGUAAACUUCAUAGUUUGCAUGGUAAUUGAAGGUGCAGUGGCAAGUUUUAAAAUUUAUACCACAAAGUUUGUAAUAUGUUGUAUGUUUUCACCAGGUUGAUUCAGCAGAAUCCUGCAGUUGACAUUGGUGCUACAUCACCUCUAAAACUUGCUUUAAAUACCGCACAGUAUGGAAGAACAUUUCAGGACAGGUCCCACAUCAUUCAACUUAGUCCACGAUUUACAGAAGCUGUGCCUCUUGACAAGAAUAUCUAUAAUUUGAAUAUUCGUGGGAAAAGAGGAAAUAUUGUACAGGUAUUUAUCACCAAUAGAGAGUACUUUGUUGUGGAAGAUUAUAGACUAUAACCCACUUUUAAAACCUCUUAGCUUUUGACGUAACUGUAUCUGUGUCAGAUUGAAUUUUUACCAGCUAAAAUUUGGGUUUGUAGACUUCAGCUCUGCUGUUUUAUUGUGAAUCAUUUUGUACAAACAUGACAACUGCUUCAUUGUUGAGGGACAGAUAAUUGAUUAUUUUCUUGUUGAAUUUUUUUUUCCUAUGAGGUUUAUCCAGCUGUUGAGUAUGACUUUGUCCCGAACAAACUGAACAUUAAAAAAGAAACUGAUGUUGUGCACAUUCAAUGGACAGGUAAGAAAAACUUUUUCUCAACAUCUAACAUAAACAGAUCUUUGUGCCAGUUGUUACUGUACAUGAAUACCAGUUUUUGUAAAGGUGGCUAGCAAAUCCUUUUAUCAUGGCUUCAGCAUGGAUAAAUUCUUUUGUGGCUGUUACUUGUAGGCUCCAAUUCACAUAACAACAAUAGUCCAGCUGGUGAUGGCCAAGCUGGGGAUGCUGGUGAAGGCAAGAGUGGUAAGUGGGUUUUUUUUGUUUUUGUUUUUUUUAACUUCUGCAUUCUGUAUAUAAAUUCAUGAAAAAAAUUAAGGAAAACAGAUAUUUGACUGAAGGUGAAAGAUAGUAAUAAAACCAAUGUCAUUCAGUACCCCAUUUUUGCAGCGCAUAGUGAGUGAUAAUAUUCAAGGUAUGAAAACACACCUGAACCAGGCUUAGAGAUGGUACCAGCCUUCACAGAUAAAAUUUACAGUUGAUACUAUAUCUUCUUUUUGAGGACAGUCGGGAACUUGUUAUGAUUUUAAAACUGAGGAGGUGAAAUGUUCUCUGAUUUGUUAUUCCACAGGCUCUGACAGAAAUAACAUUGUAGAAACUGGCAAUUCCUUGGAUAACUACCCCCUCCCAUUUGAAAUGUCCAAAAUGUUUCAGGGGGCCACAGCUGUUUGGUCCAGCCUUGAAUUAAAAGACCCCAAACCAGAUGAUAUUGCUGUCAGCUUGGCAAGUGCAGGUAUGGCAGUUUAGUCAUUUUUUAAAUUGGCAGUCUUGUACAAUAUUUGUCCAUUUUCAUAUGGCAUGUCAUGCGGAAGGGUGAGAUACAAAAGGAAACCCCAGUCAGUAAUUCAAAGUAAUUGUAACUGCUGGCUGUGCAGUAAGCUCUCUAACUCCUUCUUGGUUAGGUGAAUUCAUCUGUUUUACACAGAAACAUGCAUAGAUUAUUCCCAGAUUUUUAUUGUUUGGAGGGAAAAGUUGGUUAGAUUGGUCAAACAAAAUUAAUGUGUAGUCUGAUCCUCUUACCAGCAGUAACUUUGAAAUGGAAAUUUUAUAACCAAGCAACAAAAAAAGAUACCUUAGUGUGGGGUUUAACCCUUCACACCCUGAGUUUAGUGUGCAUAUUCUCCAUACUGCUCUCCAUUCAAUUCCCAUACACUGGCAAGGAGAAUUUGUUUAACAAUCAAGGACUUCUUAAGUUGGCGAUCAUUUUCUUCGUUGUCAAGACCUUCAUGUUUGACUCGGAGAUGAUACUGUUCGGGGAAAUUAAAUGCUAGUCACUCUUAGGGGUGAAGGGUUUAUGUUUCUAGUAAUUGAUUACAAAUCCAAUUUCCAAUUUUGUUGUGUGUUUCAUUUGAAAGGUUACUAUACCUGUGUACAGAGUAAGACAUGUGCUGCUGAGUCUGUGGAAACCAAGAAUACCAAAAUGGAUGCUCUUUUGAAUAAUGCCCCAGCAUCAUUUGGAGGCAUUAUGUUGAAAUUCAGUAACAAAGGAUGUUUCUACUACAUGUGCUCACGCAAUAAUAACUUUUCAAAUCGAAGUCAAAAAGGAGUGUUGUGCAUCAGUUGAAUGAAUUCUGAAAGUGAAUUUUGCAUAGAGAAUUGUUUCUCUAUUGUUCAAUCAAAAAUUGAUGACAAUUAUUAUGUUGUAAUUAUGUUCAACCAAUUGAUGUGAUAGCAUAAUUUCUACUUAGAACUUUUCUUAGAGUUACUGGCCUAAACUGAGAGAAACAACGGUCUUUUUCAGCAAAUUUGAGCCCCUGACCUCCCCCCCUCAACCCCCUAGCUCCUCCAGCCUCUCCCCACCCAUUCCCUACCCUUAAGAUGCUCUUUAAAAAAACGUUAGAAUUCUGACCACUCUUUCAGAAUUUCCAAAAUGUAUCGCAUCUUUUAAAUUGCUGUGCUUUUUUGUCAUUCAAGCAACAUCAUUCUUUCAGUAUGGAUCUUGAAAUAGCCAGCAAUAUCUUUUGAGGAUAGAUAAUCAUUUAAGUAAAAAUUUUGCGUCAAUGGUCAAAUUUUUUUCUACAUUUCUUACUUCAAUAUGUCAAGCUCCAAUUUUUUUUCAUUUUUUACAUCUCAUUGUAUGAAGUAAUUGUAAAUAAUAUUUAAAAAGAAUAACUUUUUAUGAGAUUUUGAUGAUAAAAGUGCUGGUCACUUCCUUUUUUGGGCAAAUGACAUGCAUACACGAGUCUUGUUAUUUUUCAAUGGAAUUUCUUAUAAAACAAGAAUGUUAUUAAUGAUAGUCAAAAUAGUAAUAUAAUAGAGGUCCUUUCAAACUGGCUUGUUAGAUCAUUUGAUCAAGUGUUAAGUGAC